ACGAGUGGACUGGUCAUCGGCCGAGGACUCCUUCCUGUUGCUGUGCAAAGUUGCAUCUUGCUUCCUCUUCCCCAACAUUCGUAGUCAGAUGAUCACCUUCAGUCUAGUAAGGGACUUGUUGCAUGAGAGAUUUCCUGAGGCACGCAACAAGACCUCCCGGGCCUGCCAGAGGCGAAUCAACUACAUCAUGAAAAACCCGACUACAGAGGAUAAUGUUGCCAUCUUCCUGGAGGAGGUCAGGCAGGAUGCUAACAUUGUGGCAGAAUUUAAGGGCCCAAAACUUCCGCGCAACAAGAAGAACAUCGAGGACGUCUAUGCCAAGCUAUUCCGUCGACUAAUGAGUAGACUUGUAAUCAAGUUUGCCUCUAGUGAGUCCCGGCAGUGUCCCGAUCUCCCAGACACUGCUGAGGAGUUCAAAGAGAAAUUCUGCAUCAUCAGAGCUGCAUCGUCUCUGCGCAGCAAACUCAAGGUAGGAGGUUUAAGUCCAUCUCUGAUAUAUUCACUCUGCUCCAAGUAUGACAGAGAUUCUUAUGCCUACCAGUUGUACCUAGCAUACCAGCAGUACCCUCAAGUCCUCCUUAACUCUGUGUUGACUCGCAUGCGACAAGACCAGAUGAUCAGCUACAAGAAAUGCUACAACCGCUCUCUCUUCGCCCAGACGUGUCUUCCACUCUCUACCUCUCCAUUUCAACUUUCAGUCACCUACCUGCAUGUCUUCAACCUCAAAUAUCAAUAUGAAAUAUUUAGUCAGUCGUGGCAGAUGUUGAAACGAUUGCUGGAGAAGAAGCGGGAGGUUAUUCUCAGAGCAAAGACUUCUGCGACUGCUGAUAAUCUGGGUGUUUCUGAGCCUUCCAGUGGUGUGUCAGAGCAGACCAACAAUGGCAAUGAGACCAGUGGAGAGGAUGGAGUGCCGGUGGUGAUCCUUCAUGAAGGAGGUUACUGUGCUACUGUUGUGGCUCUGAUGGCCACAAAGAGACUUUUCUUUGACAUAGUUAUCCCUGAGCAGAUCAUCAUGAUGGACCAACAGCAGCCCAUAGUGGAGGACCACCACCAUAGCUUACUGCGAAGGUUUUCUUCUCACACACAGAUGUCUGGCAGGGAUAUUAAAGAUUUAGAUGGGUCUUUCCUAGAGUACAUCAACAUUCCAUCUCCACCAUCACCAAACACAAUAACUGGGGGUGAUGUCACAGCUAAGACAAAAGGAACACGCUUAAUCCAGCAAAAGCUGAAAGAUCUGAAGAAUUCUCAGUUUCCAGAAGAAGAAAACAUCAGACUAAGUGAGCCAGUAAAGAGGAAAGCAAUUGGAAAAGACAAAGAUAAAGUGAAGAAAUCUAAACUUAGUCAAGACAGUCCAGAAAAAUUGGCAGUAGCCAAACGCACCACCAGAUCUUCCAGUAAAUCCACAAAUGAAGACCAAAUGCUAGAGAAAGCAGAUUCUGCAAACAUAGGUACACCUAAGAAAAAAUGUAGCCAAGGAUUGGCAGAGAGAACAGGGUCAUUAAUGAGAGUAAAAAGGGAAGCAGUGGAAGGAGGACCACCAGAAGAUGACAUCGAAGAUAUGCAAGACACUGAGGAUAGUUAUCCCCCAGGUGACGUCUCCUCUACAGAAGAAGACUUGGAUACCACUAGUCCUCCGGGCCGAUGCAGUCAGUCAUCAGCCUCCCGCCUCGGACUGUACAUGAUGAGAGAUCAGCUUAGUCUAGCUGAGGUGAACCAGAUCAACAUCCAGCAUGCUCAAGAACACUUGGUAGUCAAUGCCUGCGAAAUAACCUGUCGCCUAAGACCACCUCCUGAAUACCAAGACAAAUUUGAAGAAAUAGCAGCAGCAAGUGACUUGGACACUAUUGAUGACAUCUUGCUUCCAUUAACAAAGACCACCAUUUCCGAGGCUCUAGAGCAAAGAAAAAAAGUAACAUUAGAGGACUGGUGCCAGUUAGAUGAUGUUUUGGAUAGAUGGAAAGAGGAUGGCCAAAGCCCGGAAAUGCUGGAGUUCGUGAGGGCGAUCUACAUGUACAUUGACUCUUGCAAGGAUAUUGGAGCUUCGGUCAAGGAUCUCAAGGAAAGGUUUGGAGGUGGAGAGUUGAAUGUGACCAGUGUGGUAGCCCAGAUGGAGGACGCCCUGCUGGUGCUGCGUGUGGGUGUGGCUGUGGUGCGCUGGGUCACCAUGCCUUACACAAAAUCCUGGCUUAUUCAUACAAAUAAAAUAACAAGAGUCAUACGGCAGAGUGUACGACUGCAGGGAGUUUAUCGUAUGAACUUGAAAAACACUGACAAAGCAUCAAAAUCUAGCAAUAAUCAAGCCAUAGAGGAUGUAGCAGAGGUUACUGCAGAUGAUGACAGUAAUUUGAAGCAGCAAAUUACCAUGACCAAGGAGGAGAGUUGCAUCCUUAAUGAAUCUCCUCGACAGCCAUCUCCUGAGGUGGUUUCCAUCCCACCUACCAAAAAUGUCGCACCUCAGUCCACACAUGAGAUAGACAGUAUGGAAACCAGUGACUCGCAUAAAGAAGGAGGGGAAGGUGCCACAGUUACUAGCAACCCUGACCAUGAAAAUACGGAUGCCUCAACUGUUGAUGCCCCAGUAAACUGCAUUGAAAACUUGUCUUCUACUACUAUUACUGCUGCUACUACCACCACCACCACUGAUGCUACUACUACUACUGCCACCACUGCAGAAGAGCUUGCUACUCCCAGCACAAGCACUGGAAGCACUGAAGUUUCCCAGACAUCGAGGCGCUCCCGGAGGAUCUUAAUUAGGAGUGAUAAGAGCAAUACUGCAGCAGCACAGGCUGAAGGAGAUAAAUCUGUGCGUCACAUUCACUCUUUCUUGGCCAUGCGCAAGAGAAAAUACCGACGCGAUGAAGACGUCUCUAAAGAAAUGGAGAAAACAAUCCAACAUCAUCAUAAUGUCACUGACUAUGAGGAAAUCAAUGUGGCCGUGCGACCGUGGGUCCGUCUGAAUGGGACGCUGAACAGGCGCGUCCUAGACCGCCUCUUGGGUGCUGUUCUCAGCUUGGUCAUGGAACGGCCAGGGAUCAGUGGAAAAGACGUUGUGUGUCGCUUUUCCCCCGCCUUACAGCCCGCCCACACCCACGACUUGCUGGAUACGUUGGUUUACUCGUGCUUUGUGAAGGAGGAACUUGUACCCUCUCACAAACCUUCUCUCUUCUCUGACACCGUCGAAUACUUUUUGGGGGUCCCUAUGACUCACCUCAUUGCACAGGUGCUUCUUGUUGACCAUACCCCAUAA